UUUUAUUCUUCCCUCCUCCGCACGCGUGUUCAGAUGUGUUGCUUAUUUAAUGGCAUGGCGGCUAUUUUAUUAUAAAGAAUUGUUGUUUUCCCCUUUCAUUUAGACAUGGAUCUCGCCGCGAGGGACUCGUACAUCCAGAAAUUGACGAGUAAAGUGUUAAAUCCGCGGGAACAGGAACCAAAGAAGAGGCCAUUCGCUCAUUUUAAGGGCCAGAAGGGUACCGGUCCACCGCAAAAGAAGAAAAAGAGUAAAAAGAAAUCACUCAAAGAUGAGAUGACGCGCACUGCGACACCUGUGAACAAGUCCAGGCCAGCAUCAGCACACAACGGACACUUGAAAGUGAACGCAACACAAACAGCAGACGAAGGAAAUGUGAAGGCCAGCUUUUCCACCGUCGACGUUCUACGGCGGAGGCUGCACGAGAAGAUUGAAGAGGCGAGAGCACAGGCGGCCCCCAAGGAGGCGCUAUCAGAGGCGGUCCAGGCCAAGCGAGCCAAGCGGAAACUAGAGCGCGAGCGCAAGAAGAGAAAGAAGAACGAGUUCCGUCUGAAGAGGCUGGCCGAAACCAAAGCGCAAAGCGAGCAGGUCGAGGUGAAGCGGGAGGAAGAGGAGCAACGGGAAAAGGCCCCGGCUGCCGGCAAACGACAGGAAAACGCCAUCAUCUUCAACACGGUGCAAACGGUGGAGGAGGAGUUUGUGGACAAGGCGCUGAAGAAGAAGGCCAAGAAGCAGCGCAUCAAGGGCCAAAUCACGCCGCUGUCGGGGCGCAACUACAAGCAGCUGCUGAGCCGCGUGGAGGCGCGCAAGGACAAACUGGACAAGCUGCGGGAGAAGGACGAGGCCAAGGCCCGGGAGGUGGAGACCAGGAUGAAGUGGACCAACUUGCUGUACAAGGCCGAGGGCGUCAAGAUCAAGGACGACGAGGCCAAGCUGCGCGCCGCACUGGCCAACAAGGAGAAGAAGCACAACCGCCGCAAGAAAGAGUGGGCCGAGCGCAGCCAGGCCGUCGUGGAGAAGUUGCAGAAGAGGCAGGACAAGCGGCGCAGGAACAUCGAGCAGAGGAAGAACGCCAAGGUGGAGAAGAAUAAGAAGAAGGCCAGGAAGAAGGGCAGAAUUCUGCCCGAGGACUUGAAGAAAGUCAGCCUGUAGUCGGAAAGUGCUUCCCAUCUUUCGUUCGAUGGAUCGUGUGACACAAAAUGCUGACUGAUUUCAUACUAAAGACAAAAUCAUCCAAAGAGCGAGCGUGUCUUUGAGUUUUUGUGUGGGGGAUUUUUUUGUCUUGUCUUUGUGCGCAUUUGAUUGUUUGUGUGCGAGUACAUUUGAACGCGUGUCUUUGUUCAGUGUAAAUUUGUGGGGGGGUU